CCUGCCUACUGGCAACACCAUAUUAUCCUAUAACUAUUUCAAUUGAUAACAUCCUGGAGCAACACGGCUAACGGGUUACAGAGCUCAUCUGUGUAAAGUCAUUGCUCAAGACACAGCAACCAGCAAGAAGCCUGAAGAAAACAAUGACGGUCAAUUCUGUAUGCCUAAUCUUCACAGUGCUGCUGCCACUGACGGCAAGCAGCACAGUGACAUCUGGUCAGAGGUACAACUCCACUAAUGUGAUGACGGGAACACCGGUUACGCAAAAUACAUUCGCUCAGGACAAGAUGACAUCACAGGAAGUUUCCAGCUUAAAUCCAACCUCCAUAACUGAUAUAAAUACAACAGAGGAAAAAGCUACAACUCCACUGCAGACAUCUCCAACGACGCCUUCUAAGACUUUCUUUCCAGGUAUUCCAACAUCAUCAAUUCCAACCAAUUCCACAUGGUCUCAGUCAAACAGCUCAACAGUAGGCAUGAAAUCCACAACAGAAAUUCACCCUAGUUUCACAACAUCAGAAACAACGGAUGCAACCAGUCACGCUAGCAUUCCAACUACAACCAUAGGGACACUGUCAAUGUCAAGCAGUUCCAGCCAAAGGCAAUUCACCACUGACAAAACGACCCGUCCAUUUACACGUCCAACAUGGUCUACAAACCCCAACUCUACUACAACCACAUUUACUGAGCCUGUUGAAAACCCAUCUACCAACCAAUUUACAAACCAAUCUACAAACCAAUCUACAGACCAAUCUACAGACCAAUCUACAGACCAAUCUACAAACACAUCUACAAGUACAGUCAGAAGUGGUGAUGCUACGCAGUCCACAGGAUACAAAACUUCAAUGGCCACCACAAAGAAACCAGUCAUCUACAUCACCAAGGCAGGUGAAGAGGUUCCAGAAGAAAAGUCAAAAAACCAAGCACCCCAUGGUAAAGCAGUGGCUGGGCUGAUAGGCGGGGCACUGGUAUUCAUGAUGGUAGGAUUCCUGGUAAUUUUGAUAAAGAAACGUAAGCUUCAGAAGCAGCAGAUUACAACUAGAGACUGGGCCGGUCCUUCACCAUUUCUUGAGGACGGAGCUGACAAUGGCCAGGUAACGCUGAGGUCAUCUAACCGGAUUUCUCUUUCCAGCUUCCUGCCUGAGAGACUGUCCAAGAGGUUGUCCUUACUCCAAGAAACUGAUGAGGAGUUAAAAGACAUGACACAAGGUACUACAUUUGGAAAUAAAGGUAGUACAUUUGGUCGAGAGGGGGAUGGGAAUGAUGUACAAGAAAGCAAUGGGGUUGCUGUUCCAGAAAUAGAAAGCACAGGAGACCCUCCAAAGACUGUUGAAAACCUGACCUCUUCGCCAACAAAAGACACGGCCAUCACAAACAACAAUUCAGAGGUUGCAAUACAAAAUGAAGAAAAUGUAGCAGAUCCUCCCACUCUAUCUGAAGCUGUGAAAACUGAUUGAUGACGUUGGGCAACAAAGCGUGAAGUUAGCAACACAUCCCCAAACACUGUCGUUAUUCUUGGUUUCUAGGCAGCAGUAACUGUGAAUGAGAAAACAGGAAACUACUGUAACUGAUCGCUUGGGGAAAUCAUGACGAGAAGUCAUAUUUAUCUAGAUCUCCACUGCAAAAAGUGGAGGGAAAAAAAGCGCUAUGAUAAAACAAAUGUUUUUUUUUUGUUAUUGACAAAUGCUCAACCCUGUGUAAUGCACAGGGCAGUGUUAGAGUCAUAAGUCAGACUAUUGUACACUUUACUGCUAGCCAACCAGGCUCUUAUUUUUUGUUAUCAGCAAAAAUAAUGUGCCUCUCCCCAUCACCCCUUCAAGGAUUCUGACACCAGACCCCUGCUGUAUUGUCUUUAUCACCCUGUAAAAAUGUCACCUAAAGAGUAUAAAUCUAAAAUGCAUUUAUUCCAACACUUCUGGAGAGAACAUUUUCUAUAAAAGGCGCAUGUAGGCCCCUUUUCUUCUUUUCUCGCAGGUGCUGGUAAAGCAGAAGGUGACAGUAUGUGGUGGGGAGAACAAACAACAAUUACAGUUAAUUAUAAUUUAAUUUGCAAAUAUUGACCCAUUAGAAAAGGGUCAAAGUAUAGGAUGAGAUCAUGGGUUAAUGGUAUGACUGCACAAUUUGGAAAUAAUAAAAAAACACACACACACACAAAAUUGCAUUUAGUUAGACUGAUAUUGCAAUAUGAUUUAUGUUAUUGGAGAGCUUGUUCAUUUUUGCAUCAUUAUCCUGAUAAUCAUUGCAACAUACAUUUAAAAUAAUUGCUAUGAUGUAUAUUUAUAUUUCACAUAUUUUGCCUGUAACAUAGUGUGCCUACUGAGAUUUGAAUAUUGCACUAGCACUUAUUACGAUGGAAUUGUGCAGCCCUUGUUGGUUUCUUAUGUUAAUACUGUGCUUAUGUGGUUAUCAUGUGUAUUUCUACGAUGUGAGUCAUGAGAAGAGUAUGUACAUGUAUUUAAUCAAGUUGUUAGGUCUUCCUGUUUGUUUGCAUGUUGGUAAUGAUCCUUAUCAUAAACCUUUUAAUAAAGAGUAUGUAAAUGUAUAUUUUGUAUAUAAAAUAAUAAAGAAGUGUUAUUGUAUU